AUGGUCUGUUUCUUAUCUAUCUAUCUAUCUAUCUAUCUAUCUAUCUAUCUAUCUAUCUAUCUAUCAUCUAUCUAUCUAUCACAGCCUGGCUAUCUAUCUAUCUAUUUCUCCCAAUCAUCGACAGCAUCCAUCAUAGAUCGACAAGUGUUACCAGGCGACAAAUACCGGAAGUGCGGCGAAUUUCUCACAGCCGAUUGCCGGAAACAGUGUCCUGAUUACCGGAUCUCUCUCUCUUCUUCACACUCCUUCCCUCUCUCUCCCUUCCCCUCUCUCCCCUCGCCAUCUCUCCCCAUCCCCUCUCCCUAUUUCAGAAUAAAUAUUUUCUCUCUCUCUCUUUUCAUCCAUAUCUCUCUCUCUCUCUCUCUCUCUCUCUCUCUCUCUCUAUCUAUCUAUCUCUCUCUCCAACCUCGACUCUUUCUGUGUAUUCAUACACGUGUUAGUGAAUUCAGCAGUCGAGGAAUAAAAAUUUUCCCCCUCACUCCCUCUCUAUUUCUCCCUUCUUUCAUUUCCCUCUCUGUCUCUCCCACCCCGACUCUUUCUGUUUAUUCCUACAUGUGUUAG